UAGAUAGUCAUUUGGGACAGUGAUAAACCAUGAAACUUUUAUUCAACAGGGUCAUUCUAUUGGGACUACUGACUGCGGUUGGAGCACAAGAAAAUACUCGUUAUUAUGAAAGAGAAUGCCCGUGCACACCAUCAAAGCUAUGGCUUGAUGUCGUGGUUGCAAUUGACAAUUCCAUGGGUAUGACCAUGGAGGGAAUGGCACAGGUCAUCGCCGACCUGAGUACGGUGUUUGAUCCGACAACGAUUGCACAGGGUGAAGGGCAUCAUACUCGAAUUGGAACCCUUACAUACGGAACCACGGCGAAAGCGAUCCACAAACUCAAUGAGUUCAAAUCAACUGAAGAAUUUUUGAUGAGGAUUUGGGAGAUUAAAAACGGCAAUGAUAAAUCUAGCGAGCUGGAAGAUGCUCUUAUGAGAGCUGAGGAACUCUUCGCUGAGGGUCGACCGGCAGGAGUCAGGGAGAAUGUCAAGCAGGCCAUCAUCAUCUAUGCCAGCGUUUACAAGGAGCUCCACUUUGGAGAUGCUAAACAGCUAGCCGACCAGAUCAAGAUCAGUGGAAAAGACAUCAUCGUUGUCGCAUUGGACCAGGGAGGAAGACCAAAUGCUCUUCUGGAACUUCGCAAGAUAGCCACUGAAGGAUACUUCUUCAUGAACACAAAUGCCAAUCUAGCGGGAGAGCUACAGCAUGCACUGUGCCAAAUCAACUGUUUCUGUAGGAAGCAAUGGUUGCAGUAUUCUCUCGAUUCUAUAAAAUAUGGAUCGUGUUUGAGAAUUGGUGGAAAUGAUUCGAACUGGAACCUUGCAAAGAAAUCGUGCAUUAGAGUCGGCCAUGAAUCGGGUCAUCUUGCCUCCGUUCUUGACCAUGCAAAGCAUACCUUCAUUGCAUCAAUGUUCAGAAACGACUACAGGAUGGAACCACCUUACACGUACCAUAUUGGUCUGUCUUACGACAAAACGAAUGGUGACUACUUCUGGGAACAGCCUAAUGGAUCAAGCCCAGAAAAAAUUCCGUUGGAAGGCUCCCUUUACACGAGAUGGAACAAAAAUCCUGAUGUGACUGGAGAUGCAAACUGUAUCCUGACUGCUCAAACAUCUACCAGUUUCGAGCUUUUCUGGCAGAAUGUGCACUGCAGAACCGUGUCGAAGCGCUACAUUUGCCAGAUGAAUACGGCUUUUACUGGACCUGCUCCUCAGUGGAGCUAUAAAACUGAGCAUGCAACGGCCACGACCCAAAUACAACAUUCACGAUCAGCGUUUGGAAGCACCUGUAUCCGACCGGUUUUCCCUCCCUUCUGGGCAUUUUUCAAGAACGGCUAUGUUAGCAACUGUGUGUGUCGCAUUUUAUCCCCACUGCCGGUUUGCUGCCGUUGGAUUAUCAAUGCUGGUUGCGUUCAGCAGGGUAGCUAGUAUGGGACGACAGUAUGUCAGCGAUGCAAUUUAUAGUAGAUUGUAUGCAGUUAAUUUGAAAUAAAUGUCUUGUCG